AUGCAACGGACGUCGCCAGCCCACCCGCCUGCUGGCAACGGUGCCUCCACCGUCGCUGGGCACGCGGCGUGGUAUAUACACUCGAUCCCAAAGCACAUCCACGCCACCCACACCUCACCACGGGCCCCCGCUGGGGCAGGAGGCACCCCCAAUCAGCCUCAUCAGCGCCACUGCGUGGUUGGUGUUGAGGCAGCAUCCGCUCCAUCCAAGAGCGCAGCGCUUGAACCAGCGCCUAUCCCCGCCUCUGCGUCUGCGACAGACGUGAGCUUUGACCACUUGGCAUCGUCUCCCUCUCAUUCGUCCAUCACCGUCAUUUCGGGUAGUCCACAGUCGCAACACGCUGACGUCCCCCCCGCUGAGGAGUCGAAGGUGAGGAAUGACGGAGGCGAUGACAUUUCACGCGAAGUGAAGCCCGCCACACCCUCAGUGCUGAUCCCAGCUUUCAAAGCCGCAGACGCGGCGGAAAGCGCGAGGGCGCCGGCCGCCUCUGACGUGCCGCAGAAGGAAGCUAUCAUGACCGCCGAGAUACACCGCGACAAGCAUAUCGUCAUAUCUCGCCCCUCUUUCAUGAUGCACGUGACUCGCAUGACUGACCUAACGCGUCCGUCAGAUGCGUACAAGGUGGCGCUCCACUCGUCACGUCUGCCCAACGUACUCGCCCGCCGCUCCCGCCAGCCGCGCAAGGUGCUGAACGUGUGCCUCACAAAGUACCCUCUCAUCCGCAAGAUUGCUGACGAGAUGGGUUUUGAGAUGGAGACAACGGAAGAUGACCUGAACGAGUACAAGUUCAACCUCUGCUGGAGCGAUACAGUGCUCUCCCUCAUGCGCCUCGUGCGGCUGAGAAACUGGCAGCGCACCAACCACUUCCCAUCCAUGUAUCUGCUCUGCCGCAAGGGGCACCUGAGCACGACGCUGGGGAAGAUGCGCCGCAAGCUGCCCUCGCACUUCGCCUACUACCCGCGCACGUGGUCGAUGCGGAGCGAGCGGAUACAGUUCACGCAGUACAUGGCAGCCGUCCGCCAGCGACGUAUCCUCAAGUACUUCAUCUUGAAGCCGAACUCUGGCUGCCAGGGCCGCGGCAUCAUCGUGGCGCGCGAUCCGCUGACGGCGCUGGACGACCAUAUCCUCGACAACUACAUUGUACAGGAGUACGUGCACCGCCCGCUGCUGCUGGAAGGCAAGAAGUUUGAUCUCCGUGUGUACGUGCUGCUCACCUCGAUCCGCCAUCCGUCCAUCUUUCUCUUCAACGACGGUCUCGUGCGCAUCUGCACAGAGCCGUAUGAGACCCCGAACGAGGAGAACGUGAAGCAAGUCUGCAAGCACCUCACAAACUACGCCGUGAACAAGAAGAGCUCGGAAUUCGUCUUCAACACGAAUGUCGAGCACAUGGACAUCGGCAACAAGCGCAACUUCGGCUUCCUCAACCGCUGGCUCACCGAGGGCGGUCACUCGCCGGACAUCUUCUGGGACGAGGUCGGCUUUAUCGUCGUCAAGACAAUCCUCGCGGCGCAGCCGAUGAUCGCCAAGGUGUACGACUCGUGCUUUCCCACCGGCUUCAACGAGGGCUACUGCUGCUUCGAGGUACUCGGCUUCGACAUCCUGAUCGACAACAAGAUGAAACCGUGGCUCAUGGAGGUCAACCACACCCCGUCCUUCGCCACCGAGACGCCGCUGGAUUACGAGAUCAAGAGCAAACUGAUCUCGGAGGUAUGGAGCAUCAUCGACUGUAAGGCCACCGAUUACGAGAGGGACCGGCAGCGGGAGCGCGACGAGUUCGCGAAGCGCAAUAUGCCGCCGUGGGCAAGCAACCACCCGCUCUACGGGAGCCAGCUCAAGAAGAAUAUCUCGCGCGGCUCUGGCACCGAGGACUCGGACUCGGCCGACCGCAGUCCUGCGACACCGCUCCGCGCGAACGCAGAAGAAGAGAUACCGCCUUACGUGCAUGCCCGCCGCGACUUUGAGGACACCAAGCUGAAGAAUUUCAAGCGCAUCUAUCCGUCUCCCAACUCAGAUGUGCAGCUCGUGUACGACACGAUCCAGAGCCUGGCCAUGCUGGAGUCCGCCAAUAGCCGCCUCUACUACAACAGCACCGUUGCCGCACCGGUGCCGGUGUCGAUAUCGUCGUCGCCGCCAUCGCCGUCGCCGGGCGUCCGCACGAGCUCCGCGCUGCCCUCUCACGUUCGACCACCGUUGCUGGGUCCACUGCUGACAGCCUCGCGUAACGCCAGCUGUAACGGUAGCCCCAGCACGGUCCUGCCGCCUCGCAUGCCGCCCACAUUGGUGACGCCCAACACCACCUCUGCCGCGCAGGGCUCUGGUGCGGCUGACGCGACAACGCCCACAGGUACAAUCCCUGCCGCAAUCUUCCCCAGCUCCGGCCAAACUGCCACAAGUCCCUCUUCUGCCGCGAACAACGCGUCCGCGCCCGCCGCCCCUUCUGUCACUCCAACUCCCCUGACCGGUCGUGAGGGCCAGCCUGCCCCCGCCACUAUCUUCAAGCUAAUGGAGAAGGACAUACUGCGUCCCCGUCGUCGCUCAUCGGACACCCGCAGCGGUGCGCCGUCCGAGAGCGGCGGUACGGGGGCCUCCACCCCGGCGGCCGCUAAAUCGCCUUAUCCGCUGCGCGUGCACACGCCGCAGCUCUCGCCCACCCACGUUAGAAGGAAUCCGUUUGCCGAAAAGACGCCGUCCUCGCCGCAGAAGGCGAGCACCAAGGCAACAGCGCCAGAUGGCACGCCAGGGAGCCGGGUGAAGCCGCGCGUUGCUGAGGUGCAUCGCCUCGUCACCGGAGGCUCACCCACAACGAUAGCCUCGACAAUCAACGCCAUCCCGGCGAGCUCCUCGGAAAACGAUGGCACGCCGGCUUCUAAGGCAACUGCGAUCCCGGCCAUCAAGGCUCUGCGGAAGAUGAAGCCGAAGGAGACGGCCAACCCAGACGAUGAGGUGCCGUCGCUGUCUCGCACCGUCGCACCGCAUCCCGCGCCCAACGAUCCCAUCCAUAUCUCCAGCCGUUCUACCCCACGACAGAAGUUGCGGACGCCUUCACCGGUGGCAACGCCGAACGGGACUGGCCGGCCGCGCGCGAACAGCCAUGAACUUUCCUCCAUCACGUGCAAGUCCGUCUCGCUGAGCGGCAGCAUGCGUGACAUAGACCUUAGCGGCGUGGCGCACUCUGGCCGGAGGUCGCAGGACUGUGAGAUGCACUCUAUACUCCCACGCCAGGAACCGACCGAGGAAGAGCUGGCGCGGCUGGCAACACUGCAGGCGAUGCUGGACUACGAGGCCGCCGCCGACCCGCAGCCGGACGAUGACGAUGAUGACUACAACCUGACUGAGUGA